AAAAUAAUCGAAUAGUUCCUAAAAGUAGAUUCAUUAUAUAUUAGAUUGAAAAUUGUUUUCAAGUCAAUAUGGAAUCUAUUACCAAUUUAGGAAUUUAACCAUACAUAUAUAAAAAUAAAUUAAGUGAUGACGUCGAAAGAAAACAAUGUAACCUUAAAAGUGCAAAAAGUGUACAGAAACAAACUUUGUCUUAUCAUUGUUUGAGUUUUGGGUAUCUCCGUAUUGGGGAUUUUAUUGAUAUGUCACAUUUUGGGGAUUUCAUGGACGGUGUGCCCGUUAAAAUUUCAGAAAAAUACAAGCGACCUCCUAGGAUAGAGCUGCCGUAUGGUAUAAAUGAGUGUGCACAGAGAGCGCAAAAUGUUGUCGACAGUAUCAAAUAUUGUUCCACUUUCGAAGGUAACGUGCUUUCUAAACUUAAAGAGCUCCGGAACGCAAAGGAGACUAAAAGAAAUGAAAGGAGGCACCGGUUACAAUUGUUGGAAGAAGCAAAGCAAAAAAAAUUAGAUGCAAUCGCAGCCGCCGAGGCUGAGGAGAAACUAAAGCAGUUAAGUGUAUCGGAAGUAUCCUAUCCUAGUACUGACGAGAUAAGUGCAAUAUCCUCGGAUGAGAAAGUAGAUAAAAAUUGUGAAACAUCACCAAUUGAAGAAACAGCUGUGGAAGUUGACAAAGCUGUAAGCACGGAGCCGUACGUGGUUACCACGCAGGAAUCCCAGCAGAAUAUUCUGCAGCCAGUUCAGGUCCAGACCAGUUACCAUCAGAGUCUUUUAGAUGAUCCAGAUCCAUUACAGGAAUUAAAAAUGAGUUCAAAAAUUGGUAAAAUACCUCAAUAUAAUCAUAACAUAGAUACAUUAACAUUUAGAGAUUUUGAAAAUGAUACAUCAAGCCCAUUUGAUAAUAUUGAACUUAAGACUUUAAAUGACAUGGAGAUGUUGGCACAAGUACUGCAAAGAGAUUCCACAUCCAAUUGCCCAGUCCAAGGAGUUUAUGUACCUGACCAGAACUAUACAGGUUACACAAACUGUGCAACACAAGCACAAAUGGAAGGUGUAGCAUAUUUACCUAAUCCUUACAUGGAACAGACAAUACAAGGUCCAAAUGCAACAUAUACAUCUCCACAACACUAUCCUAUAUCUAAUGGAUAUUACAUCACUCCGGAAAAUACUUGUGACAAUAUACCAUUGGAUAAUAUGAACAUGUACAUGCCAAAUUAUCAGUACUACGUCCCAGCACCGACUGGUCCUCCUGAUUUAUGUUACGGUAACCCUGGACCAACUACGAGUGAACUCACACAAGUUAACAAUGGUUCUACAUUUAUACCACAUCCAUACUACUUUCACUACCCUCAGACUCCGAUGCAAUACACAAGCGUAGCAAGUUAUAACACAAAUGAACCAAUAGACCAACCUGUUGAUAAUCAGACUAUGACAGCUAGCUCACAGAACACAAUGAAGUCUCGUUCUCGGAGUGUACCAGAUAUUGUUAGAGAAUUGAAUGAGGAACUAGCAUCUGCAAAGUUGAGAGCCAGUGAAAGAUCGUGCAAUGCUAGUCCCGCUCCAAAUGUUUCAGCAAAACCAUCUUCAAUUAGUGAAAAGAAAGAACGGAGGAAAAAGAAAAGUGUUAGACUACCAAAUCCUUACGAUGAAUUUCCAAUAGCAAAGAAAAAAGUUUGUGACAGCAUACAAGCAAUGGGCUUCCCCUUGGAUAGGGUUGCCAGAGUGUGUCUCUUGGUUGGGGAAAAUGAUAAAAGGAUAAUCGAAUGCCUACUAAUUGUUGGUGAGUUAUUGGACCUUGGAUUCUCAGAAGCUGGUGUGUUUAAUGCAUGUUCGAAACAUAACUUCGACAAAGAGAAGGCCUUAGACGAACUAGUUUCUACGUAAGAAAAUUUCAAUUUGGACAACUGGAAUAAAGAAGAAUAGGAUCGCAAAGUCAGUUCCAAUUUCAAUCAGAUAAUUGAAGUAUACAUGAGUAAAAAUAUAAUCUACUAAUGUGGGAGAUGCCGAGUCUUGCGCUGUGAAAGUAGGGGCUAGUUGUUGAUAUUCAAAUUUGAAAUGUUUUUGUUUUUGCUAUACAUUUUUAGCAAAUUAUUCUUUAUUUUUAUUUUCGCAGUAAAUUAUUUAUUAUUGAGUUAUAUUUAGUAUCAAAUAGGUAGUUUGCGAAUAUCGAUUAACGUUAUUGAUAUGCUUGUGUGACUGUCAUCCUAAUUCAUUACCAUAGAGUAAAGAGGUGUCAGAAACGUAAUGCGUUUGCAUGGAUUGUAGAGUACAUAAAGUUUUGUGAUU